AUGUCAAUAACAAAAUGUUCUAAACUGGAGGGUAAGCUGCCAGAGAACCUCAAUUCUUUAGCGAAGCUUGAAAUUGUUAAAUGUGAAGAAUUAGUGGUUUCAAUUGCCAACUACAAACAACUUCGUCAGUUAAACAUUGACGGUUGUAAAGUGUUGGUGCAUACAGCUGGUAAGGUUGAGUUUGAGUUAUUAGAGUCCUUGUGGCUUUCAAACAUUUCGGAGGUGAUGUCUCUGGAAACAGGGGAAUUGUUCAAGAAGGGAUUAACCAAGGUUAGUGAUUUGAUGAUUAAUGGAUGUGAGGAGGUGACGUCUUCAUUGAAGAAUGAGGGUAGAUUAUUGCAGCAGUUGACUUCUCUUAAUAGUUUGGAAAUUGAAGACAACUAUCGUCUAGUUGAAGAAUUGGGAAAAGAAGCAGAGGAGUUGCAAAUAUUGGAGUGCAGGCUUGAAUAUCUAAAGUUUAAAAAGUGCGAAAAUCUUUUGAAGCUACCAAAAGGAUUAAAUCAGCUGUCGUCUCUUCAAGAGCUUCGCAUACACGAAUGUUCACGUCUAGUUUCUUUCCCAGAUGUAGGUCUGCCACCUUCUCUUGAAAACGUCGAGAUUAGAGAGUGCCAUUCGUUGAUAUAUUUUGCAAAAUUCCAGAUUCCCCAAAAUCUCAAAAGAAUAGAGAUAAGAAAGUGCAAAAGUUUGAAAUCACUAGUGGAUGAGGAGGCUGUUGGUUCUUCUUGGUCGUCUUCUUCUCAUAUUUGUCUUGAGUACUUGAAGAUCGAAGGAUGUGAAUCUCUGACGUCGUUAUCAUUGAGUGGCCAGCUUCUCAGGACACUUAAACACCUUGAGAUACUUGGUUGUGAACAACUGGAGCUAAUCGCAGAGGACGGGUUCUUCCACGACAACACUAAUUAUUGUCUUGAAUACCUUAAUCUCUGGAAGUGCCAAAAUCUGAAAUCCUUACCGGAUGGCUUAUGCCACCUCAGCAAUCUGAGAAAGCUAUAUAUUCAAGAUUGUGGAAGUCUUGUUUCUUUCCCGAGACUGAGCGGGGGGAGACUACCCUCCAACCUGAGAGAGAUCCAGAUCACCAGUUGCGAGAAAUUGGAGGCGUUGCCUGAAGACAUGCACAAUCUCAACUCUCUUGAGGAAUUGAGGAUCGAGUACCGUGAAGGUUUGACUUUUCCUUCCAACCUCACGUUUCUUGAAAUUUGGAAGGUAAGGAGCUGUAAGUCAUUUUGGGAGUUGGAAUGGGGGUUGCACAGACUCACCUCUCUUAGAUACUUGUGGAUCGGAGGUGAAGACCCGGAUACGGUGUCGUUUCCACCCGACAUGGUCCGGAUGGAGACGCUCAUUCCCAUAUCUCUUACUCACCUCACAAUAAAAGGCUUCCCGAAUCUGAAGAAACUGAGCAGUAAAGGCUUUCAACUCCUCACCUCCCUUCAAUCUCUGCAUCUCUGGAAUUGUCCAAAGCUAGCAUCCAUUCCAGAGGAGGGUCUGCCUCCUUCACUAGAGCGACUUACCAUCUCUGAGUGCCCAAUGCUAAAAGAGAGAUGCCAACCAGGAAAAGGACGCUACUGGCAAAAUAUCCCACAUCCCUAA